CAGAGCAAGGAGAAGGAGAAGAUGAAGGAGGGCAAAGAGAAGGAUGCUCGCUACACCAAUGGCCACCUCUUCACCACCAUCACGGUGUCCGGCAUGACCAUGUGCUUCGCCUGCAACAAGAGUAUCACGGCCAAGGAAGCUCUGAUCUGCCCCACCUGCAACGUCACCAUCCACAACCGCUGCAAGGACACGCUGCCCAACUGCACCAAGGUGAAGCAGAAGCAACAGAAAGCGGCGCUGCUGAAGAACAGCUCGGCGCUGCAGUCGGUCUCACUGCGCAAUAAGACCGCCAUCCGGGAACGCCCCAACUCUGCCAUUUACCCCUCGGAAAGCUUCCGGCAGACGUUCCGGGGCCGACCCUCCCUUUCCCUCUCCAAAAGCGUCUCCACCACCAACAUCUCAGGGACGUUCAACGAUGAGUCUCCGCUGGGAAUACGUCGGAUCCUGUCCCAGUCCACGGAUUCCCUCAACAUGCGCAACCGCACACUGUCUGUGGAGUCGCUCAUCGACGAAGGUCCCGACGUGAUCCUGAAUCAGCUGAUGAGCGACUUCGAGACGGACGGGAAGGACUUUGAGGCGGAUUCCUGGAGCCUGGCAGUGGACAACAGCUACCUGCAACAGCACAAGAUGGAUGUGAUGAAGCGCCAGGAUGUCAUCUAUGAGCUGAUCCAGACGGAGAUCCACCACGUCCGCACGCUGAAGAUCAUGGGCGCUGUGUUCCGCAAGGCCAUGCUGGAGGAGCUGCAGCUCGACCCGGCCUCAGUGCACAGGAUCUUCCCAUGCGUGGAUGAGCUGAGCCAGAUCCACGAGCGCUUCCUGGCGCAGCUCCUGGAGCGGCGCCGCGAGUCCCUGGCCCAGGACAGCAACAAGAACUUUGUCAUCAACCGCCUUGGGGACAUCCUCGUCAACCAGUUCUCCGGAGGCAGCGCGGAGCAGCUCAGGAAAGCCUACUCGGAGUUCUGCAGCAAGCACACCAAGGCUGUGAAGGAGUACAAGGACCUGCUGGCCCGAGACAAGCGCUUCCAGCAGUUCAUCCGGAGGAUGGCGCAUGGGCCCCCGCUGCUGCGCCGCCACGGCGUCCCCGAGUGCAUCCUGCUGGUGACACAGAGGAUCACCAAGUACCCGGUGCUCAUCGAGCGCAUCCUGAAGAACUCCAAAGACAACGAGGGCGACUCCGCAGACCUGUCGCGGGCGCUGAGGCUGGUGAAGGAGCUAAUCUCGUCCAUCAAUGAGGAGGUGCACGAGUGUGAGAUGAACGCACGGCUCUGGGACGUCUACAGGCGCGUGGACGGCCGGGCCAAG